AUGCCACCUCAGCCGCACCUUCAACCACUCUCACCGCCGGCUCCCGGCGCAGGUCUCAAUGUGAUCGCCCUCAUCUCCGGCGGGAAAGACUCGCUCUACUCGCUCCUCCACUGCAUCCGCAACGGCCACAAAGUGGUCGCAUUGGCGAACCUCCACCCCGCCGCCAAUGCGCAGCCCACAAACACCACCACCACUACUGCCACCAGCACCGACCCAUCAUCAGUAUCAUCAUCGACCCCGUCCCACCAUGUCCCGGAAGAAGAGGAACAAGACCUGGACAGCUUUAUGUACCAGACCAUCGGCCACAGCAUCAUCCCCCUCUACGAGACCGCCCUCGGCAUCCCGCUGUACCGCCAACCCAUCCGCGGCGGCGCGGUCGACACCUCCCGGAUCUACCGCCUACAAGCCGAGGACCAAAUGGCGGACUCUCCCGGCCGCGACGACAGCAACACCGACUACAAUAACACAAACAACCCCGAGGAACGGGAGGAGGCGGAGGCGGCCGACGAAACCGAAUCCCUGAUCCCGCUGCUGAAACGCAUCAUACAGGCCCACCCGGAGGCCAACGCCGUCUCUGCCGGCGCCAUCCUCUCGACGUAUCAGCGCACCCGCAUCGAGAACGUCGCCGCCCGCCUGGGGCUGGUGCCCCUGGCCUGGCUGUGGCAGUACCCCGUGCUGCCGGAUCGGCGGGCGACGGACGCCGGGCUGCUCGAGGAUAUGGCGGCAACCGGGUGCGAGGCGCGGAUCAUCAAGGUUGCGUCCGGUGGGUUGGAUGAAGGAUUCCUGUGGGGGGAUGUGGCGGGUGCGGAUGGGCGGGUGCGGGGGCGGAUCGUGAAGGGGAUGCGGCGGUUUGCGGACGCGGAGGAUAUUCGGGGCGCUGUGUUGGGGGAGGGCGGCGAGUAUGAGAGUCUGGCGCUGGAUGGGCCGGCGUGGUUGUGGAGGUAUCGGAUUGAGGUUGCUGGGUGGGAGGCUUGUGUUGGGGAUGGUGGGGUGGGGUUUGUGAGGUUGAAGGGGGCGAGGUGUGUGGGGAAGGAUGGGGAGGGUGAUCGGGGCAGUCCGGAGAGUGUGAGGCGGCCGGAUUUGUUGGAUGAAAGGUUCGAGGAGGUUUUGGGGUCUGUCUUGGGGGGUGAAGGUGCGUUGGUUGUUACGGGGGACGACGAAGAAAGGAGCUUGCAUGGUGUGGGUUUGGGGGCCGGGAGUGAUGGGCUUGAUGCGGUUCAGACUACGGAAGGGAGGACGUGGGUCAUUGCUAAUGUCACAGCGCCUGAGGCUGGCCCUGGUGCUGGUGAACAGAUGAGGGCUAUUGCGAAGAAGCUUCAGACGAUUCUGUGCUCCUCCUCGAGCCGCGAGGUCCCUCGGACGACGGCUGAUAUUGUCUUCACAACGGUGUUGCUCCGCUCCAUGUCAGACUUCCCCCUGAUGAACUCCAUCUACGUCUCGAUGUUCAAGAAGCCAAACCCCCCGGCGAGAGCUACGGUGGCCUGUGGUGCUAGCCUUCCAAAAGGCGUGAAUAUCAUGGUGUCCGCGGUGGUGGACUUGGGUUCGAGGGAGCAGCGGCAAGGCCUUCAUGUCCAGUCGCGUUCCUACUGGGCCCCCGCCAAUAUUGGGCCAUACUCGCAGGCCAUGUCGGUACCUCUGCAGGGCCCCGAGCAUUUGGUGUACAUCGCUGGCCAGAUCCCUCUCGAGCCGGCCUCGAUGGAGAUAUAUGGCCUCGAGAAGACGUGGUUCAAGGGCUUUUCUUCGCGAGCGGUCCUGUCUCUUCAACAUCUAUGGAGGAUUGGUGUGGCUACAAACGUGGACUGGUGGUUGGGAGCUGUCGCUUUCCUGGCGGGAGCCGAUCAUAUCAGAGAGAGAGCCAAGAUAGCUUGGAAUCUGUGGGAAACGAUGCAUAGCAAUCAACAGGAGGAAGAGGAUGCUGAAGACGAGUCGGGUCUGGAUGCGUGGGACCUCAAGUAUGGUGGGCGCGCCCACGAGCAAAUCAAGGGUGUCUCGAAACCCGGACUACCGCGGUUCGACGUGGUCCAGUCGGAGGGAUCUAUGAUCCCUGCUUUCUUCGCCGUGCAGGUAGAAGAACUGCCUCGAGGAAGUGAUAUUGAGUGGCAGGGUCUUGGUUUCCGAUGCGAUAAACUCAAAAUCACCACCGAAGAACUGCAGUAUGGACGCCAAACCGUGGUGACCACUGGCCAGGAUAUGGGCUACAUCGGCAUCGAGGUGGAUGCGAGAUGGUGUGGGCCUGACCUCGAGUCUUGCCUCCGAUCGAUCCUGCAGAAAGCCACGCAAGGGUCGAAGAGCCCCCAUGUAGUCAUAUACACGACCCAGCCAUUGUCCAAUGACCCAUCCUGGGGUCAGAUCGUUCCCUGCAAAUCGGCUUGGGGAUCGAAGGGUCGGCAGCUGGCCGCGGGGCGAAAAAAACCCGCUCCCGCCUAUUCAGGGCCAAUUCUUUCGAACAGAACCGGACGGUCUGACCAGCAAACACCUAUGACCUCUACACAGAGCCAGGAGGAAGAUGGGCUACUUCCAACACCCAACAAAGAUCCUGCAUCGGACCCUGAAUCUCACGAUAAUCUCCGACAAUUCUCCCGAUCCCCCCAUCCAUACACUCGUCCGGGCUCGCACUGUCCCUCGCUACCUGUGGAUCCCGGCGACCGAGCGAAGCCCUCCCGCUGGCCCCGGACCUCGAGUGACAGCGGCACCGAAGCCGACGAUGAGAGUACUGGUCUUCUAAGAGGCUUGCCGGCCCCUCCGCUACGAUUGCGAAAAGGACUGCGUUCGAGUAUCCAUGGCGCCGGCGAGAUCGAUCAGUGGCUCCCCAUCUUGCGCCCGUGGCCGUCGAUAACACGGUCCACCUCGCGGAGUUCGCGGCGGAGUUCUGGCGAGCAUGCGGAAGUCGGGGCCGCCGAGCUACGGGAACAGGAAUAUCGCAGAAAACGGGUGGCCGUUCUACAAAGGCUACUGGAAACCGCACUGCUGCUUUCCGUGGGUGUUGUCGUCCUGGGACAGGAGAGUGUGAGAGCGGCCGCUUGGGCCUGGAAAAAAGAGCUUGCCACCUUUUUGGUCAUCGUGAUCGGUCUCUACACCGCAUAUCCUCUGCAUCGCGAUGGCCGCCCGCGACUUUCUCGCCUGUCCACAUUUGUCGUCCCUUCUGCCUUCGAUCCCGCUCCGUUGCUUUAUCCCGUAUUGAUACCCAUCUACGUUUCGCUGUCUCUGGCGCAUCACAAUCCUUCAUUGAUACUGCCUAAUAUUCUUCUCAGUCUUUCAUCUCUCCCUGUUCAAGUCGUUCCGCUGCGCGAAUGGGUCCACGGUUGCAGUGUUGUCCAUUGGCUGGUCACAUUGAUCCCGAUUGUCGUUUCGGAGCAUCUGUCGGCGGGUCCUUCAUGGCCGAAACCACUAACUCUUCGUGGUCUGGACGCGGAAGUCCUGACUCUUAUUUUUCCUUUCCAUCAAGCGUUGAUACCCACUCUAGAUUUCUUAUUGACUACCAGCAUCCUUCCCGCAGAGCUGCAGCUUUUAACAAGCGCUUUAAUCAAUCUCUACUUAUUUGCAACAUCCCCCCAGGCCGAAAUCCUCAAGGCGUUGCUAUGGCUGGGAGGCAUGUGCACCUUCAUCGCUUGCCGGGGUGUGCUUCGAUGGGAGGUUGCCUUGGCCCGAAUCCCGACCUGGAAGUUCCGACGCUCCCCUAGUGCUUCACAGUCGCCUCGCAGCAUCUUCAAUGUGAUCGACCACAAAGUCUGCCAAAAACUCAGCAGAACAGGCUCCUCGGAAGAUAAUCUUUCUGAUAGUGAUUCGGCCGAUGGGAGCUAUGUGCUGGUCUCCCGCAAAACAAUGUUCGACUCGCGGGAGAAGACGCUGUCCAACGGGCUAAGUAUCACCAAGCACAACAACGCAGGCAUGGAAGGCACUCGCCGGCGAUCCCGUACCGCGCAUCGCCGACGACACACUUUUUCGAGCUUCGACGAUGUCAAACGAGCGGAGAAAGUUAGGACGACACCGGGAGGUCGCAAGAAGCGAUCAAUGGCCCCCGGGCUGGCCUCCUUCCUGUCGCUUACUGUACCUCAAGCACAAGUCCGGAAAUGGCUGUAUGCCCUGUAUGUUUACGUUGCCGUUCUGAUCAUUGUCAUGGUGCCCAUUCGGUACUAUGUCAGUGAUCGAGCAUUGCAGAAUGGGGAGCCCUUCGGGUGGGCAUUGGGGUACCUCUUCGGUAAUAUAUCUGGGUUUAGAUUCUGGGUGCUCAUGUGGGGUUUGGACGACCCCUCCAAUGAAUCAUGUCCCUUUGGCUGGGUUGAGCAUCUGCGGCACGAUACGUUCGGGGAAGCUAAUUCGCGCCUCCUGAUUGCUGCCUAUUGCAUCCUGGUACUUGUGACCGGCCUGGCUGUUGUGCUACAACUCAGUCCAAUCGCAGAGGUCGACACCCGACGCAAGGUUUUUCACGGGAUGAUGGUCUCGAUGUUCCUUCCGACCAUUUACAUUGACCCCCCGUUCUGUGCUCUCGCGUUGAGCCUCGCCUUGGCUAUUUUCUCGCUUCUCGACUUGUUCCGAGCCUCUCAGCUGCCACCGAUCUCCCGGCCGCUGACGUAUUUCCUGGCGCCCUACGUGGACGGUCGCGAUCAUCGUGGUCCCGUCAUUGUCUCGCAUAUUUUUCUCCUCAUUGGAUGCUCUAUCCCCUUAUGGCUUUCUCUGGCCGAUAUUCCUCGGACAGGGGAGUAUCCAUGGGCGGGCUGGGACGUAAUGGGUCGCGAUGUCAGCAUGGUGAGCGGCAUUAUCUGUGUCGGGAUGGGAGACGCGGCGGCCUCCCUCAUCGGCCGCCGAUUCGGCCGGCGAAAAUGGUUCUGGGGCGGGGGGAAAUCGUUGGAGGGCAGCGUGGCUUUUGCAGUCGCUGUAACCAGCGGGCUGAUUGUUGCACGAACCUGGCUUACCCUGGGCCAAUGGUCCACGGACGGAAGUGACGGGACGAAUCUCAUAUACCCCUGGCUGCUUAUGGUGUUCAAAGCCAUUCUCGCAGCCGGCGGGACCAGCGCAACCGAAGCUAUUCUGACCGGGUGCAAUGACAAUGUCGUUGUACCGAUUGUGCUGUGGCUGUUAGUGAGAGGGCUUGGCAUCUAA